AUGACACGACUUCUGUUGCUUAUAGUUGUAUUUCUUCAACGAUCUGCUGCAACUGAUAUGAGAUCAUUUGUACUGACCGUGAUGAAUGGGCAGCAAUUUUCAUGUGCUAACACGACAUGCAUACCAUUCUCGAGUUUUGCUGUACUAAACAGUCGUCGAUGUCAGUUAGCUUGUGUCAAUGUGAACCAGUGUCAAGCGAUAGGUUUUCGUCAGUCAAUUACUCGUUGCGAUUUAUUCUCCAAUAUUGUAAACCAAAAGAAGAAUUUCUCACUGAACCACGACGUCGUGACAAUGAUCAUGAAUGUCAAUGAAAGUUUAUCAACAGGAUGGAUGCUUGUUACAAGUAUGAAUACCAGCCGAGCAAGUCAUACAGCGUCGGUUUUGAGCAAUGGAAAUGUGCUCGUCGUUGGUGGAUAUGGUGAUAUCUCUAUAAAACAACCAGAAAUAUACAAUCCAGCGGCAGGUACUUGGACAACUGUGGCAUCGAUGAACAUUACACGUAAACUUCAUGCUGCAUCCAUUUUAAUCAAUGGACUUGUUUUGAUCAGUGGUGGAAACAAUGGCGUUAACUUCUUAACAAGUGCAGUAUUGUUCAAUACGUCGAGUCAAACUUGGACAAAUGCCGGAAAUAUGAAUACUCAACGAGGUGCUCAUACAGCAUCCGUAUUAUCUGGUGGACGUGUUUUCGUUUGCGGUGGAGACAGCGGUAGUGGUUUUCUCAACAAGGCAGAAUUAUACGAUCCAUUAACGAAUACUUGGACACCCGCAAAUUCUAUGAGUACCAUACGCGUCGACCAUACAGCAUCUUUACUGGCAAAUGAUAAAGUAUUAGUUGUAGGUGGAUAUAAUGGUGGUUAUUUAAAUACUGCUGAAUUGUAUGAUCCCUCAUCUGGAAAUUGGGCGAUGACCAGUAAAAUGAAGUAUGCACGUCAGCAUCAUAGAUCAUCAGUGUUGAGCGAUGGAAAAGUGUUAGUAAGCGGUGGAUACAGUGGUACUUAUCUGAAUACUGCUGAACUAUAUGAUCCACUACUAGGAAAUUGGACAAUUACAGGAAACAUGAGUUUUGCUCGUGCUCAACAUACGGCAUCUGUAUUACCUAGUGGGAAGGUAUUAGUUACUGGUGGAUUUAAUGGUAAUUACUUAAAUAGCGCUGAAUUGUACGACCCAAAUACUGGAAACUGGACAAAGAUAGAUGAUAUGAACAUUUGCCGUAGAUUUCACACAGCAUCAGUGGUAUCCGAUGGAAAGGUUUUAGUGAUCGGUGGUGAAAUGAACAGUUCUUAUCUAAAUAGCGUCGAAUUAUACUAA